UAGAACCCUGCGGCGGCGCAGAGGGCUCCGGUCGCCCCCACCUGGCUCUGGCACUGGGAAAUAGGGCUUUGGUUAUGGGGGCGGGGCUCCGGGGCGGGGCUUAGGCGUGGGGGAGAGGCCCGGGCACCUGGAGGCGGGGCUUGGGGAGCUCGCCCCACACGGGGCGGGGCUCCAAAGGCCGCGGGAUCUGCAGUUCGGACUCCCCGCGCCACAGUCGCUGCAGUUCGCUCGACUCUGGUGGCCCCGCGGCCCUGCGGGGAGUCCGGGGGUCGGCUGGCCGCUCGGACUUGGUGCAGGGCCGGCCCCGCCUCUCCCUUCCUCGGUGGGGCCUAGACGGUCGGGGCCGCGGUGACAUGGAGCCCUCUCCUGCCACGGGGGGAUCGGAGACCACUCGCCUGGUGAGCCCCCGAGACCGCGGCGGCGCCGGUGGCGGCCUGCGCUUGAAGAGUCUCUUCACAGAGCCCUCGGAGCCCCUCCCCGAGGAACCCAAACCUGUGGAGAUGCCCUUCCACCAUUGCCACAGGGACCCCCUGCCACAGCCGGGCCUCACCCCUGAGAGGCUGCAGGCGCAGAGACAGCUCUGUGCUGCCUGUGCCGUGUGCUGUGUUUUCAUGGCUGGGGAGGUGGUCGGGGGCUAUUUGGCGCACAGCCUGGCCAUUAUGACCGAUGCAGCCCACCUGCUGGCGGAUGUGGGCAGCAUGAUAGGCAGCCUCUUCUCUCUUUGGCUCUCUACCCGUCCAGCCACCCGCACCAUGACCUUUGGCUGGCACCGCUCAGAGACUCUGGGGGCUUUGGCCUCUGUGGUCUCCCUCUGGAUGGUCACUGGCAUCCUCCUGUACCUGGCCUUCAUCCGCCUGCUGCACAGCGACUACCACAUCGAGGGGGGUGCCAUGCUGCUGACUGCCAGCAUCGCGGUCUGUGCCAACCUGCUAAUGGUGUUUGUGCUGCACCAGGCCGGGCCCCCGCACAGCCAUGGGUCUAGGGGGGCGGAGUAUGCACCGCUGGAGGAGGGGCCGGGGGAGCCCCUGCCCCUCGGGAACACCAGCGUCCGGGCAGCCUUUGUGCAUGUGCUGGGGGACCUCCUGCAGAGCCUUGGGGUACUGGCCGCCUCUGUCCUCAUCUACUUCAAGCCUCAGUACAAGGCAGCAGACCCCAUCAGCACCUUCCUCUUCUCCAUCUGUGCCCUUGGAUCCACGGCUCCCACCCUCCGAGAUGUUCUUCGUGUCCUCAUGGAAGGAUCCCCCCGAAGUGUGGGCUUUGAGCCCGUGCGGGACACACUGUUGUCAGUGCCAGGAGUCCGGGCAAUUCAUGAGCUGCACCUGUGGUCCCUUACGCUUACUUACCAUGUUGUCUCCGCACACCUGGCCAUUGACUCCACGGCUGACCCUGAAGCUGUCCUGGCUGAAGCCACAGCCCAGCUCCACUCCCGCUUUGGAUUCUCCAGCUGCACCCUGCAGGUUGAGCAGUACCAGCCCGAGAUGGCCCAGUGCCUGCGCUGCCGGGACCCCCCCCAAGCCUGAGCCGAGGCCCCACCCCCACCCGGCUCAGGCCCGGACUCUCAGUACCUGCCUCCCCGCUCUUGCAGAAGGGACAGAGCUGGGCCCGUACCCCUUCCUCUCUCCCUCCUUCCACCUGCCCACUCCCUAGCCCCCAGCCCCGGUGGGCAAGACCAAAGUGUGGGGGGUGGUGGGGGAGGCAGGGUUCAGGCUGAACGGGAAUCAGUCGGUGGGGCUGUGUAGAAGCCCCUUGGUCCCCCCUCCCUGUGGUUUGGGGAGCACAAGCGUCCUUUCCAUGCAGUUCAUUUGUCUGUGUGGCAGGCUGGCUGUCUGGCUGGGGGCAUCUGCCUAUCUGUGUGCUGUUGGUGUGCCUAUGCCUGGGGGAGGUCAGCAGGGGCCCCCUCCCCACAUAGCCCUCGCUCUGUCUAUGCAGGAGCCCCAAAGCCCGCACUUCGUGUGUUCGAGCCCUGUGGUUUUGUCUCAGUGUGUGUGUGUGUGUGUGUGUGUGUGUGUGUGUUUCUUGGUGCUGUGGCCCGUGUGUCUCUGUGCCUAUGUGGCUGUGCUAUGGUCUGAGUCCGCACCAUCCAUGUGUCCUUUUCGGGGUCUGUCUGUCCAUGCCUCUGUUGGUGCUGUGCCCUCGGCUAUCCCAGAGAGAGGGAGGACGACUCCGCCGCAGCUCCGCCCAAUAAACUUGUGUCUAAC